AUGCAUGCCCUUCAUCAACCAGAGGAACUUGACGCUGUCGUCUCAGCAAUUCAAUCCAUUGCACAGCGCUUGGGAUCAACCACGCAAGAUGUCAAAGACGACCCCAUCAUCAAAGUCGCCCAACCAGAAGAUGUACCUUACCUGAGAACCAUAGGCACACCUGGCGAAGCCCAUUCGAUCGACCAUGUCCUCGAAGAAGCCUUUGCAGCCUACGACCAUCGCAUGCGCGUCAAUCAUCCGCGCUUUAUGGGGUUUAUCCCUUCGCCUACAUCACCUGUCGCGUGGCUCGGAGAUAUCGUGGCCAGCGCUUUCAACGCACUGGGUGCUUCGAAACUUCAGGCUUCGGGCCCUGUGGUCAUUGAAAAGACUUUGAUAGAAUGGCUGGCUUCCCAAGUCGGAUUUCCUACAACAGCUGGUGGAAUUUGUGUCUCGGGAGGAAGCAUGGCAAAUCUGAUGGGUGUGGUCAUUGCUCGCGAUCGGUUUGUCCCGCGUGGUGAAACCAAUGCUGCCAUCGCUUAUCUGACGGACCAAACACACUAUUCCGUUGCUAAAGCUCUGCGAAUGCUCGGUUUUCACAAGGGACAAAUCCGAUGGCUACCUACAGAUGAGUGCUUUAGGCUUGACCCAGUUGUUCUGUCGCAAGCAAUUCAAACCGAUCGCAAAGCUGGUCUUGUACCAUUUUUGGUAGUUGGCACUUGCGGAACAACCAAUACUGGCGCCAUUGAUCCACUGGAAAAAAUAGCAGAAAUUUGCAAAAGGGAGCAGAUCUGGCUGCACGUCGAUGGUGCCUAUGGUGCCUCUGCCACGCUCUCAGCUACCCGCCACGAGACAGUAGAUGGCCUCAAGUACGCCGACAGCAUGUCCUGGGAUGCGCACAAGUGGCUCUUCCAGACAUACAGCUGUGGUCUUCUCCUGGUCAAAGACAAGGCCAACCUUGUGAGAAGCUUUGCCAACGAGGGAGACUAUCUCCGCGAUGGUGUCGCGAUAGAGGAUGAGGAUAUUCCUAACUUUUGGAAUUACAGCAUGGAGCUCACGCGGCCUGCGUCUCGGGCUAUGAAGUUGUGGUUCACUCUGCGAGUUAUUGGUGUUGAGAGGAUCGGAAAGAUGAUUGAUCACGGGUUUGAUCUGGCGGAGAGAGCGGAAGAGGAGUUACGAAAGCUGCCGGAUUGGGAGAUUGUUAGUUCUGCCAGCCUGGGUGUGAUAACAUUCCGAUAUGCGCGUGAGGGGUUGACGGAGGAUGAGCUCGAGGCAAUUAACACUGGCGUUUCGAAGAGUCUUAUCUCUAGUAACACAGCUGGAGUGUUGACGACAAAAGUGAGAGGAAAGGUGGCGUUGCGGAUCUGUGCACUGAGUCCUCAAUUGGCGUUGGAUGACAUGUCCGACAUCAUCGCCGAGGCGAAUAUGCUAGCCUCAAGGGGUGUACAGAAUGGAAAGCACUAG